GCAUCUCUCUUUAUGGAGUCAGGGCGUUCUGGAAUUAGAGUCAACGAGCGGAGUACAACUUGAAACGACGAAAUGCAUACUCAAUAAUGGAUCCUGAUAAAAAACGAAAGAUGUUAGAUGAGAAAAACGAAAAGCGUCGAGCCAAACUUAGAGAAGCCCAGUCUUCGCAACUUCAUGCCGUCAAUACUGGGGACCAACCUCCUAAAAACUUGCAAUUGUAUUUCUUUGAUACUGACCAUGAGGUUGAGAAUAGAAUCAAAGGGGUAGAACGAAUGGAUGCAAGUGUUGUUGAAAACCUUAUUGACGUACUUGGAAGCAAUCCGUAUUCACAGUUCUUCAGAAAUCUCAAGGAUAUAUCAAGUCUUGAUGAUUGUAAUAUUCUGAUUUGUUCAAAUGCAAGUCUAGAUCAACGUGUUUACAACAUGCCUACCUCUUCUCAAGUUGCAGCAAUUUGGGUAGAUGAACAAGAUGGUAGUGGUCAGAACAAUCGUGAUAUUAGAGUUUUUGCAAAAACUGGCCAAUCACAUUCUGUGAAAUACUAUUACGGUUGUUAUGAUCCCUUGCAAUAUCCUCUGUUGUUCCCCUACGGAGAGAGUGGUUGGCAUGAGGGUAUAUCUAAGGUUCCUAAAUCUUAUCAAAAUAAUUAUUCUAUUUGUCAAGGUAUUCUCCAGCCUCGGGGGUUUUCUUCAAUACAAGCUUUGUUAAACAAAGAGAACGAAAACUUUGUUAGUCAGAGCAAGCGGAACACUGUUUCAUGCAGAGAAUAUUAUGCUUAUCGUUUUCAAAUUCGACCAAAUGAUUAAUCUAUGCUCCUACAUUCAGGAAGACUCUUUCAACAAUUCAUUGUUGACACCUAUAUCAAAAUUGAGACACAGAGAUUGGACUAUUUUCGAACACAGCAG